CGAGGCUGGCGCAGCGCCGGCGGGGUGUCGGUGGAGUAGCACCUGUUGCGUGACUCCCCCACAGUCCAACCGUGGGAGUCGGAUCCCGAAUGUCCAGGGAGUGUUGAAAGAAGCCUAGACGAGUUCCGGGUACCGUUCUCUGACCCUCGUGGGAGACUCCCAGGUGCCCCGCGGGACUCUGCCAGCAUGGCCUCAGAGGCUCGGGGUGGUCUGGGGGCCCCUCCGCUGCAGUCUGCCCGAUCCCUGCCGGGCCCCGCCCCCUGCCUCAAGCACUUCCCGCUCGACCUGCGUACGUCUAUGGAUGGCAAAUGCAAGGAGAUUGCCGAGGAGCUGUUCAGCCGCUCGCUGGCUGAGAGUGAGCUCCGAAGCGCCCCAUAUGAGUUCCCUGAGGAGAGCCCCAUUGAGCAGCUGGAGGAGCGGCGGCAGCGGCUGGAGCGGCAGAUCAGCCAGGAUGUCAAGCUGGAGCCAGACAUCCUGCUUCGGGCCAAGCAAGAUUUCCUGAAGACGGACAGUGACUCAGACCUACAGCUUUAUAAGGAACAAGGUGAAGGCCAGGGGGACAGGGGCCUUCGGGAGCGUGAUGUGCUGGAGAGGGAAUUUCAACGGGUCACCAUUUCCGGAGAGGAGAAGUGUGGGGUGCCAUUCACAGACCUACUGGAUGCAGCCAAGAGUGUGGUGCGGGCAUUAUUUAUCCGGGAGAAGUACAUGGCCCUGUCGCUGCAGAGCUUCUGCCCCACCACCCGCCGCUACUUGCAGCAGCUGGCAGAGAAGCCCCUGGAGACACGGACCUUUGAGCAGGGCCCUGACACCCCUGUGUCUGCUGAUGCCCCAGUGCACCCCCCUGCUCUGGAACAGCACCCAUACGAGCACUGUGAGCCGAGCACCAUGCCUGGGGACCUGGGCUUGGGUCUGCGUAUGGUGCGUGGCGUGGUGCAUAUCUAUACUCGCAGGGAUCCUGAUGAACAUUGCUCUGAGGUGGAGCUUCCAUACCCAGACCUACAGGAAUUUGUGGCUGAUGUCAAUGUGCUGAUGGCUCUGAUUAUCAAUGGCCCCAUAAAAUCAUUCUGCUAUCGCCGGCUACAGUACCUGAGCUCCAAGUUCCAGAUGCAUGUACUGCUUAACGAAAUGAAGGAACUGGCUGCUCAGAAGAAAGUGCCACACCGAGAUUUCUACAACAUCCGCAAGGUGGACACACACAUCCAUGCCUCGUCCUGCAUGAACCAGAAACAUCUGCUGCGCUUCAUCAAGCGGGCAAUGAAGCGGCACCUGGAGGAGAUUGUGCAUGUGGAGCAGGGCCGUGAGCAGACUCUGCGGGAAGUCUUCGAGAGCAUGAAUCUCACUGCCUAUGACCUGAGUGUGGACACACUUGACGUGCACGCGGAUAGAAACACCUUCCACCGCUUUGACAAGUUCAAUGCCAAAUACAACCCUAUUGGGGAGUCUGUCCUCCGAGAGAUCUUCAUCAAGACCGACAACAGGGUUUCUGGGAAGUACUUUGCUCACAUCAUCAAGGAGGUGAUGUCCGACCUGGAGGAAAGCAAAUACCAGAAUGCAGAGUUGCGGCUAUCCAUUUACGGGCGCUCGAGGGAUGAGUGGGACAAGUUGGCACGCUGGGCCGUGACUCACCGAGUGCAUUCUCCUAAUGUGCGCUGGCUCGUGCAGGUGCCCCGCCUCUUUGAUGUGUACCGCACCAAGGGCCAGCUGGCCAACUUCCAGGAGAUGCUGGAGAACAUCUUCUUGCCAUUGUUUGAGGCUACUGUGCACCCUGCCAGCCACCCGGAGCUGCACCUUUUUCUGGAGCAUGUGGAUGGUUUUGACAGCGUGGAUGAUGAAUCCAAGCCUGAGAACCAUGUCUUCAAUCUGGAGAGCCCCCUCCCUGAGGCUUGGGUGGAGGAAGACAACCCACCCUAUGCAUACUACCUGUACUACACCUUCGCCAACAUGGCCAUGUUGAACCACCUGCGCAGGCAGAGGGGUUUCCACACGUUCGUGCUGAGGCCACACUGUGGGGAGGCUGGGCCCAUCCACCACCUGGUAUCAGCCUUCAUGCUGGCGGAAAACAUCUCCCAUGGGCUGCUUCUACGCAAGGCCCCAGUCCUGCAGUACCUGUAUUACCUGGCCCAGAUUGGCAUUGCUAUGUCCCCGCUCAGCAACAAUAGCCUCUUCCUCAGCUACCAUCGGAACCCACUACCUGAGUACUUGUCCCGUGGCCUCAUGGUGUCGCUUUCUACUGAUGAUCCUCUACAGUUUCACUUCACCAAGGAGCCGUUGAUGGAGGAAUACAGCAUUGCCACUCAAGUGUGGAAGCUCAGCUCCUGUGACAUGUGUGAGCUGGCCCGCAACAGUGUGCUCAUGAGUGGAUUCUCACACAAGGUAAAGAGCCACUGGCUGGGACCCAACUAUACCAAGGAGGGCCCUGAGGGCAAUGACAUCCGCCGCACCAAUGUGCCAGACAUACGUGUGGGCUACCGUCAUGAGACUCUGUGCCAGGAGCUGGCACUUAUUACACAGGCCGUCCAGAGUGAGAUGCUGGAGACCAUCCCGGAGGAGGCGGGUGUUGCCACAAGUCCAGGGCCUCAGUGAGCCUGGCCCUUGUGGUGCCCACCCCAUCUCAGCACCUUGACCAUGUGUUGUUUUCAGACCCCUCCCAUCCUGUUGUACUCUGCAUGUCUCCAUCCUUCUUUGUUUCUGUUCUGCAUGUCUCUGACCAUGUGCUGUCCCUGGGCCAUCUCAGUGAACAUGAUGCUCAGGAAUUUGCUUUACUGUUGUUUGACUCAGGUGGUACCCGAUGGCCAAGAUUUAAGGGCUGGCCCCACUGGUGGCCCUGUCCUAGGAUCCUCAGAAACCUGGCUGUCCUUUGGGUACCUCUAAGUGUCCACAGGGACUUGGAAGGGUUGGCCCCUUUAGCUAACCAAGGUUGAACCAAUCAACCAAGGCAAGAGGAGCUGGCCCCUUUUGCCCCUGGGGGCCUGCCUGGGCAAAUCCGAGCUUUGGCUAAAGUUGUAGUCCCCUGUCCUGUUAUGUGACUGAGGGGCCGUUGAGAGGGCCCUGUACACUCUGCUGUAGGCACAGGUUCCUGAGGCCCUGUGAAACUCCAGCAGCCAUGUCCUAGGCAGAGGUGGGCUUGAGCUCGCUCAGAGCCUGGACUGCCUGGCCUGAGGUGAUUGGACUUGGGCCUUGGAGGUGCUGGACCACUGCCUCUGCCAAGUCACUGCCCAGCAGCCUUUUCCGUUUGUUCCCUGAUCCAUGUGCUUCUCUGGUGUUAGCUUCCUAUGCCUCUGUGGGAGGGGGUAACUGCCCUAUGCUGUGUCUGGGGCCACUGCAGCUGGAGGGUGCUGGAUCUGCCACUAGCCCUGGGGGUGUAUCCGUUUUGUAAUCCCCAGAUCUUUGACCAGCCCAGGAUCCCAGCUGGCCCCCUAUGUUAUGUUCUGGACCGAGGCCUUUGCUGUGAAAAGCAGUGUUUCAUAUGACCCAUCUUUCCUAGUGCAUGAGAAAUAAAGGUUAUUUAA